AUGUCCUCGGAAAACCCUGUCCCCGCCUUAGCGAUGCCGUCGAAGGAAUUCUACUCCGUGGAACACCCGACUCACGACCCGGACCAUGAAGAUGGCAACGGCCCCGCCGCGGCGAGUGGCCCGCAUCGACCUUCGAGCCUGGCGAGAUUUGCCAAGAAAUUCGAGCAGCGACUGGUCGAAUACAAUCUCGAAGCUAGAGGAAUAGAGCGAGUGCGAGAGGAGGAACGCUUGAAGAAGCUCUCCUGGGUGUCAUACCUGCAGGCAUUCUUACUGUGGGUGUCAAUCAAUCUGGCAGCCAACAAUAUCACGCUUGGAAUGCUGGGGCCCGUGGUCUAUGGCCUUAGCUUCUUAGAUUCGGCUCUUUGUGGGGUCUUUGGCGCCUUUGUUGGCGCCUUGGUCGCUUCUUGGAUGGCCACCUGGGGUCCUAUUUCUGGAAUCCGGACCAUGGUAUUCGGACGAUAUGCAAUGGGCUGGUGGCCGAGUAAAGUGGUUGUCAUUCUGAAUCUAAUUCAGAUGAUCGGAUACAGUCUGAUUGACUGUGUGGUCGGCGGGCAAAUCUUAUCCGCCGUGUCUCCGAAUGGAAGCAUGUCGGUUGCUGUUGGCAUUGUCAUCAUAGCAGUGAUCAGUUGGGCGGUUGCUACAUUUGGCAUCGAGAUUUUCCAUGUUUACGAACGAUUUGCUUUUCUUCCUCAGCUCAUUGUGGUUUGCAUAUUGUUCGGCGUGUCUUCGGUGAAAUUCGACUUGUCUACUGCGUCUCAGGGCGACACUCGCACACUUGCCGGGAAUCGACUGUCGUUCUUUUCACUAUGCUUGAGUGCCGCCAUCACUUACGCGCCCCUGGCCGGCGAUUUCUUCGUCUAUUACCCCGAAAAGACAUCUAGAGUAACACUUUUCUCGCUUUCGCUCCUCGGCCUUCUGGUCUCAUUCACCAUGGCUUUCCUAUGCGGAAUUGGACUCGCAUCCGGCAUUUCAUCCCAUUCGGAGUACGAGGCAGCCUACAACGUCGGAGCCGGAGCGCUCAUAGUCGAAGGGUUCGGAUCACUCCAUGGGUUUGGAAAGUUCUGCUCGGUCAUCGUCGCCUUGGGGCUCAUCGCCAACACCAUUGCCCCGACUUAUUCGUCCAGCGUUGAUUUCCAAAUCCUCGGCCGAUACGCCGAGAAGGUCCCGCGAGCCAUCUGGAACACCGUCGGAGUUGUUAUUUACACCGUCUGCGCACUUGCUGGCCGCAGCAACCUCUCCGAGAUAUUCACGAACUUCCUCGCCCUCAUGGGCUACUGGGUCGCUAUUUGGAUCGCCAUCAUCCUGGAAGAGCGUUUCAUCUUCCGUCUCCGCAGUGGAUACAACUGGCACGCAUGGUGCGAUCCGUCCAAGCUCCCGGUUGGUAUUGCUGCGUUUAUCGCGUUCUUGAUCGGAUGGGCCGGCGCGAUUCUCUGCAUGGCGCAGGUCUGGUACAUAGGGCCUAUUGCUCGCUUGGUGGGUGACUAUGGCGCAGAUAUGGGUCUCUACAUUGGAUUCACCUGGGCGGGUCUCGUCUAUCCGCCUUUACGGUACUUUGAACUCCGUCGAUUCAAUCGCUAG